AUGGCCACCAUCCAAUCGGAGACUGACUGUUAUGACAUCAUUGAAGUGAUGGGCAAAGGCACCUUUGGGGAGGUGGCCAAGGGCUGGCGAUGGAGCACGGGGGAGAUGGUGGCCAUCAAGAUCCUGUCGAACGACGCCUACCGCAGCCGCAUCAUCAAGAACGAGCUGAAGCUGCUGCGCUGUUUGCGGGGCCUGGACCCCGACGAGGCCCACGUCAUCCGCUUCCUCGAGUUCUUCCACGACGCCCUCAAGUUCUACCUGGUCUUUGAGCUGCUGGAGCAAAACCUCUUUGAGUUCCAGAAGGAGAACAACUUUGCGCCCCUGCCCGCCCGCCACAUCCGCACGGUCACGCUGCAGGUCCUGAGGGCCCUGGCCCGGCUCAAGGAGCUGGCCAUCAUCCACGCCGACCUCAAGCCCGAGAACAUCAUGCUGGUGGACCAGACCCGCUGCCCCUUCAGGGUCAAGGUGAUCGACUUUGGCUCGGCCAGCAUUUUCAACGAGGUGCGCUACGUGAAGGAGCCUUACAUCCAGUCCCGCUUCUACCGGGCCCCCGAGAUUCUGUUGGGGCUGCCCUUCUGUGAGAAGGUGGACGUGUGGUCUCUGGGCUGCGUCAUGGCGGAGCUGCACUUGGGCUGGCCCCUCUACCCGGGCAACAACGAGUACGACCAGGUGCGUUACAUCUGCGAGACCCAGGGCCUGCCCAAGCCCCACCUGCUGAACGCUGCCUGCAAGGCCCACCGCUUCUUCAAGCGCAGCUCCCGCCCAGACGCUGCCAACCCCUGGCAGCUGAAGUCCUCAGCCGACUACCUGGCAGAGACCAAGGUGCGCCCGCUGGAGCGCCGCAAGUACGUGCUCAAGUCCUUGGACCAGAUUGAGACGGUGAAUGGCGGUGUGGCUGUGAGCCGGCUGGCCUUCCCAGACCAGGAGCUGCUGGCUGAGCACACCGACCUCAAGAGCAUGGUGGAGCUGAUCAAGCGCAUGCUGACGUGGGAGUCCCACGAGCGCAUCAGCCCCAGCGCGGCCCUGCGUCACCCCUUUGUGUCCAUGCAGCAGUUACGCAGUGCCCACGAAGCCACCCAUUACUACCAGAUGUCCCUGCGCAGCUGCCGCCUGUCACUGCAGAUGGACGGCAAGCCCUCUCUGCCCGUUGUGGUGGCUGCGGAAGACGGGCCCCCCUAUUACCGCCUGGCAGAGGAGGAGGAGGAAGCUGCGGGCGUGGGCCGUGCGGCGGGCAGCGGGCCCUUCCCAGAGGAGAAGGCUCCUUGCAUGCAGAGAGCCAUCGACCAGCUGGAUGACCUGAGCCUGCAGGAGGCCAGGCGAGGGCUGUGGAGUGACACCCGGACUGACAUGGUCUCCAACCUGCUGGCUCCACUCAAGGCAGCUGCCGCUGGCCACCGGGUCCCGGACUUGUGUCCAGAGCCCAUCUUGGCCAUUUAUGGCAGCCGCCUGGCUGCCCGCCACAAGUCUCGCAAGCCACCCGCGGGCUCCAAGUCUGACUCCAACUUCAGCAACCUCAUCCGCCUGAGUCAGGCCUCGCCGGAGGACGCGGGGCCCUGCCGGGGCGGCGGCUGGGAAAAAGGAGAAGGUCGGGGUGCCUCCACAGAGCCAUCUGCCGUCCUGCAGCGGGAGAGGGAUAGACCCAGCAUCAAAGACAGGGCCAUGGACACUGAGCGGUCAGGCCCUGAGCUCUUUGACCCCAGCGGCUGUCCUGGAGAGUGGCUGAGCAAGCCAGAAUGGACCCUGGAUGGAGUCCGGGGACCGCGGGCUCCGGGGCUCCCACCCCGGCAAUCCCACACACAUGGGCCACCUCGGGCCACCAGCUUUCUGCAGCAUGUUAGUGGGCACCACUGA